AUGGCGACACAACAAGACUUGCAAGAGCUACUUCGGCUCAUUACGGUCGGUCGGAAAACACCGAUGAUGCAAGCCAUGACGCAGAUCAAGGCUCUCCAGGCUGCCGAGUUGAGAAGCAUCAAGCAGAUCGCCGAGGCUCCUCUCGAGACAGUGCAGUCGACACUCAAGGACGAAAAGGGCGGCAGAGCACUGCAUAAUGCUUGCAAAGCGGUACUUAAGCGUGGCCCAUCCGCUCCCAACAAGCGCGGAGCUCCAGACGCAGUUACGCCGCAAACAAAACGGACCAAGACCAACCCAUUCAUGGCCGAGGCCGUGGAUACGACACCACAAGCGCUAGAGAAGUCGCUCGAGUUGCCGUUGUGCAUGGACGAAGAGCGCAUCUCAAACUCGGUGAUCGAGACGAAUAGAGCACCGCUAGUCUUGGCGUUUGCUGUGGAGGUCCUGCGACAUACCAUGCCCGAGCAGCCACUGUCGAGUCGGCUCAGCCUAGGCCAAGCAGUCGUCAGUGCAAACUCACGAUCAAAAGCCGUCAGUCUGGGUGUUACCAAGGGCCCGAGUGCGGAUGAGGAGGGAUGGGGUGAGGGGCAGCCGCGCGUGAAGGUCUUGGGCAGAGAAAUCGCCGUCCUCAAGAGGGGGGGUUACGAGUGGAAGGGGGAGGAGGUGGUGGGCGAACAGGAUGUCAAGGCGGACGCCGGCACGGCCGAAGCAAACACUUCCGCAUCAGGGACACAGGUCAAGAUAGAAGAAACCACGCCCCUCCAACCAACUCCCAACAAGCCACCCUCCAAACCAACAUGGGCCACCAGCCAGCCCAUCACCCUCAAAGACUCGACCUUCGUCGCGCGCGCCACGCACAUGAGCGAACCGUCCCAGCGCAAGGCCCUCGUCCAGUCCCUCCUCACCGACGUCCCCCACCUCCAAACCGCGACCCACAACGCGUGGGCGUACCGGCUGCGCCCGCCGCGCGACGCCUUCUCGGCCAUCAGCCGGGCGCACGAGGAGAGCUUCGACGACGGCGAGACGGGGUGCGGCGACCUGAUGCUCCGCGCCAUGCGCGACGCCGGCGCCGUCGACACCCUCGUCGUGCUGACCCGCUGGUUCGGCGGCACCAUGCUGGGCCCGGACCGCUGGCGCCUGAUGCGCAACUGCGUGGCGGCCGCCCUCGGCGAGCGCCUGCGCAGGCCGGGGGCCGAGGUCACGCUUGGUGGGGAGGCGUUAUGGGGUUUGGAUCUGGAGGCUACGCGGGCGGGCAAGACGGUGGUGGGUGGUUAUGGGAGUGGUGUCAAGAUGCAUGCUGCGACCGGGGUGGUGGGCAUGCAGGUGCAUCGGCCGGAGCAGGCGAGGGCGUAUCUGCUGAGGAGUUUUGGGAGUGCUACUACCGCCGUUGCUGGCGCGCAGGGGGAGGGGGCUGCUGCUGCUGGUGCUACUGCUGCUGCUACGGGGAAGAGUCCGAAGAAGGCCAAGACGUUGAAAGCGAUGGAGGUGGAGAAGGAGGAGAAUUUGGGGUUGUUGCUUGGUGCGUUGAGGAUCGUGUUCGACAGCUGGGCUGGCCACAUUGGCGCGGCUGAGCUGGAUAGGCGGGCGUGGGGCUGGUGA